UGGGAAAAAGUGAGCAGAUGGAUGAAUCAAUUAGCACAAAGUACAAAGAAAGCCUUCUGCAAGAUGAAAACUCCUCUUCAAGAACCAAAAGGAAACUACGAUUGAUAAUCUGUCUGGUAACUCUCUUCAGUCUCAUAGUUGCUGCAAUUAUCUCUGCUUCAAUAAUACUUAAACAAGAAACAGAGUCCAAAUCACUGUCGUUUAACCCAACAGACGCUAUUCGAAACGUCUGUGAUGUCAUCAGUGAUGAUCCAGACUCAUGUUUUGACUCCAUUGCUGCACUUUCAGAUGCGGUAAUCCCCUCCUUAUUAUGGUCGAAAAACAGAGAUAAAAUUAACCUAUCUCGGAUCUUCAUCCUUUCGCUUUACGCUUCACGGAUCGAGCUUGAGAAUGUCGCUUCUUCAAUUGAAAAAGCAAUUUCAGAGGAACAUAUGAUUGACACCAAGAGUGUUGGGGUAUUGAGAAAUUGCCAAGGAAUGGUCAAAUUCUCUCUUAAGCAACUCAAUGAAUCGGAAAUGAGUUUGGGUAUCGAUCCAGAUGAGAAAAUACUGGGGAUUAAUAAACUUGUUUGGGAUUUACAGCGGUGGAUUGGCGAGGCCAUGGGUCAAGUACAGAGGUGCAUUGAUUUGUUGGAUGAUAUUCCGUCAACAGUUAAAGCAGAAAUAAAAGAGAAAAGCUACGCAGCCCAGCAAAACAUGAAGAAUAGCAUAGGCUUAUUGCAAAAAAUCAACGACAUUUUCGACCUGUUUUACCCGAAAAUUGGAUCAGCAUUAGGCUCUUUGUUUUGGGAAUUUGAAUAUGGGCUAAAUGUUUGGCUCUUUUGCUCUGGGUAUUUGCUCUUGAUUUUUCUUUUUUGCCGCUUGUUACGUGUAUAUUGAUUUAUCU